CAGUGGUCGCCGCUUCCUGGUUGCGGGUCGGCGUCGAGGGCCGGGCUUAGCCGCAGCGAUGUUGCCCUACACGGUGAAUUUUAAGGUGUCGGCGCGCACCCUCACCGGGGCCCUCAGUGCCCACAACAAGGCGGCGGUGGACUGGGGCUGGCAAGGUUUAAUUGCUUAUGGAUGUCAUUCGCUGGUGGUAGUGAUUGAUUCCAAUACUGCUCAAACGCUUCAAGUUUUAGAAAAACAUAAAGCUGAUGUUGUCAAGGUUAAAUGGGCCAGGGAAAAUUAUCACCAUAACAUUGGCUCGCCAUAUUCCUUGCGCUUAGCUUCUGCUGAUGUCAAUGGAAAGAUCAUCGUUUGGGAUGUAGCAGCAGGAGUAGCUCAGUGUGAGAUCCAGGAGCAUGCCAAGCCUAUUCAGGAUGUUCAGUGGUUAUGGAAUCAAGAUGCUUCCCGAGAUUUAUUGCUUGCUAUCCAUCCGCCAAAUUAUAUUGUGCUCUGGAAUGCAGAUACUGGCACCAGACUCUGGAAGAAGAGCUAUGCAGAUAACAUUCUUUCUUUUUCUUUUGAUCCUUUUGAUCCCUCACAUUUGACUUUACUCACCAGUGAGGGCAUUGUAUUCAUCUCAGACUUCUCUCCAUCCAAGCCACCCUCAGGCCCUGGGAAAAAAGUGUACAUAUCCAGCCCACACUCCAGCCCAGCUCACAGCAAGCUGGCUGCAGCCACAGGGGCCAAGAAGGCUCUUAAUAAAGUGAAAAUCUUAAUCACUCAAGAGAAACCUAGUGCUGAAUUCAUAACUCUCAAUGAUUGCCUUCAGUUGGCAUACCUGCCUUCUAAAAGGAAUCACAUGUUGCUACUCUAUCCUCGAGAGAUUUUAAUCCUUGACCUUGAGGUGAAUCAGACAGUGGGUGUGAUUGCAAUAGAACGAACAGGAGUUCCAUUUCUGCAGGUAAUACCCUGCUUUCAACGUGAUGGUUUAUUUUGCCUACAUGAAAAUGGUUGUAUAACCUUACGUGUUCGAAGAUCUUACAAUAGUAUUUUCACCACUUCAAGUGAGGAACCAGAUCCAGAUCCUGUCCAGGAGCUUACCUAUGAUUUACGAAGCCAGUGUGAUGCCAUCAGGGUGACAAAAACUGUCCGCCCCUUCAGCAUGGUGUGUUGUCCUGUCAAUGAGAAUGCAGCUGCCCUCAUAGUGAGUGAUGGCAGGGUUAUGAUAUGGGAACUGAAGUCUGCCGUUUGUAAUCGAAAUUCACGGAACAGUAGUUCUGGCGUGUCACCUUUAUAUUCACCCGUGUCUUUCUGUGGAAUUCCUGUAGGAGUGCUACAGAAUAAACUCCCAGACCUCUCCUUAGAUAACAUGAUUGGGCAAAGUGCAAUUGCUGGGGAAGAACAUCCCAAAGGCUCCAUUCUGCAGGAAGUGCAACUCAAAUUCCUGCUAACAGGUCUGCUUUCAGGACUGCCCUCACCACAGUUUGCUAUCCGUAUGUGCCCACCAUUGACCACAAAAAAUAUCAAGAUGUAUCAGCCAUUGCUUGCUGUUGGUACAAGUAACGGUUCUGUCCUGGUGUACCAUCUCACCAGUGGGCUGCUGCACAAGGAGUUAAGCAUCCACUCGUGUGAAGUCAAGGGUAUUGAAUGGACGAGUUUAACUGGUUUUCUUUCUUUUUCUACCUCAACACCAAACAACAUGGGAUUAGUGAGGAACGAACUUCAGCUGGUUGAUCUUCCAACAGGUAGGAGCAUUGCUUUUCGUGGUGAACGAGGUAAUGAUGAAUCGCCCAUCGAAAUGAUUAAAGUAUCUCAUUUGAAGCAGUAUUUGGCAGUUGUAUUCAAAGAUAAACCCCUGGAGUUAUGGGAUGUUAGGACCUGUACCAUUCUUAGAGAAAUGUCCAAAAACUUCCCUGCAAUAACUGCUUUGGAGUGGUCACCUUCUCACAACUUGAAGAGCCUAAGAAAGAAACAGCUGGCUACCCGAGAGGCCAUGGCCCGCCAGACCGUGGUCUCAGAUACAGAGCUGAGUGUUGUUGAGUCAUCUGUGAUCAGCUUGUUGCAGGAGGCUGAGAGUAAAUCUGAACUCAGUCAGAACAUCUCUGCCCGGGAGCAUUUUGUGUUUACCGAUAGUGAUGGCCAAGUUUAUCAUCUCACUGUUGAAGGAAACUCAGUGAAAGAUAGUGCUCGGAUUCCACCAGACGGAAGUAUGGGUAGUAUUACCUGCAUCGCUUGGAAAGGUGAUACAUUAGUUCUUGGAGAUAUGGAUGGAAAUUUAAAUUUUUGGGAUUUGAAAGGCAGAGUAUCCAGAGGAAUACCUACACACCGAAGUUGGGUGAGGAAGAUUCGUUUUGCCCCUGGUAAAGGAAACCAAAAAUUAAUAGCAAUGUACAAUGAUGGAGCUGAAGUAUGGGAUACUAAAGAGGUUCAGAUGGUGAGCAGUUUAAGAAGUGGAAGAAAUGUAACCUUUCGGAUACUGGACGUGGACUGGUGUACAUCAGAUAAAGUGAUCCUGGCUUCAGAUGAUGGGUGUAUCAGGGUCCUGGAGAUGUCCAUGAAGUCCACGUGUUUUAGGAUGGAUGAACAGGAGUUAACCGAACCUGUGUGGUGCCCAUAUCUCCUUGUUCCAAGGGCCGCCCUCGCCUUGAAAGCUUUCUUAUUACAUCAGCCUUGGAAUGGACGGUAUUCUUUAGACAUUUCUCAUGUUGAUUAUCCAGAAAAUGAAGAAAUAAAGAAUCUCCUUCAAGAGCAGUUGAACUCAUUGUCUAAUGACAUAAAGAAACUCUUGCUCGAUCCGGAAUUUACUCUCUUGCAGAGAUGCCUGCUUGUUUCAAGGCUUUACGGCGAUGAAUCGGAGCUGCACUUCUGGACUGUUGCUGCUCACUACCUGCACAGCUUGUCCCAGGAAAAGGCAGCAAGCGCACCAGCUGCCGAAGAAACUGCUCCUCGGGACAAAGUGAACAACCCACUAGAUAUAUGUUACGACGUGCUCUGUGAAAAUGCCUAUUUUCAGAAAUUUCAGCUGGAAAGGGUUAAUCUCCAGGAGGUGAAACGGUCAACUUAUGAUCAUACCAGGAAAUGUACAGACCAGCUACUUCUCUUGGGUCAAACAGACAGAGCUGUGCAGUUGCUAUUGGAAACAAGCGCAGAUAACCAGCAUUAUUACUGUGAUUCACUGAAAGCCUGCUUGGUCACAACUGUCACCUCGUCAGGCCCCUCCCAGAGCACCAUUAAGCUCGUGGCAACUAAUAUGAUUGCCAAUGGGAAAUUGGCAGAGGGUGUUCAGUUGCUCUGCCUGAUAGACAAAGCUGCAGAUGCCUGCCGCUACCUGCAGACCUAUGGCGAGUGGAGCCGGGCAGCGUGGCUUGCCAAAGUCCGUUUAAAUUCAGAAGAGUGCGCUGAUGUUUUAAAGCGGUGGGUUGACCACCUUUGCUCCCCUCAAGUGAACCAGAAGUCAAAGGCCCUCCUGGUCCUCCUCUCCCUGGGCUGCUUUUCCAGCGUGGCUGAGACGCUUCACAGCAUGAGGUACUUCGACAGAGCGGCCUUGUUUGUGGAAGCUUGUCUCAAGUACAGUGCGAUUGAAGUCAGCGAGGACAGAGAGAAACUCAUCUCUGCUAUAUAUGCGGAUUAUGCCCGAAGUUUGAAGAACCUUGGUUUUAAACAGGGAGCGGUUUUUUUUGCUUCAAAAGCUGGAGCAGCUGGCAAAGAUUUAUUGAAUGAGCUGGAGUCCCCCAAGCAAGAAGUGACUGAAGAGUGACAGGUCAGCAUGUACCGGGGCACCCGGCCUCGCGAGCAGUCGGCCGGGGCCUUGGUCUGGCUGUGGACGGCCACAGCCCAGGCUCAUGCGGACACCGUCCCUGCCGGGGUCCUCGUGGGCCGUUUCACUACCUGUGCACAGCAGCGUGUGAACAUUCACACUGUCAGGAGCGGGUUCUAGGACCUGUGUUUCUCUCAGAGGAAGGUGGGAGCGCUUCAGAAUUUGAAAGUAUAACAUUUUAUACUUUGGAGACAGUUUUAAGAGUCCCUGGAAACACUUUUAAUUUUUUUUAAAGUUAAGAUCCAAGCAGCUGAAUUGCUUUUCUCAUUGACUAGAUUUAAAUCUAUAGUAAAAGGAGUUUGUGAGACCUGUUCUGAAAUCUGUGCUUUGCCUGUGUUUAUAUACAGUCAUUCCAGGUACAAACAGAGCAGAAACAUUUAAACAGUAAAGGUGACUUACCAUAGCAUUCCUGGUUUUCUUAACCUUGAAAACAGAACUGUUGAUUUCCUGAUUUAGGCAGUUGCUAAGUUUUGUAAUUGCAGGUUCAUAGGCGCAUAGAGAAAUUGUCCGCUUUAUAUUUUGUCCAGUGUGUGGAAUCUUGUGUAUUUGGAUUUUAACUCCUGGGAUGCGUUACAGUACCCCCCCCUCUGAAGGCGCUGUUCUUUAAUAGUCUUUGUUUUCUUCCAGUGACUGAACUAUAUGAGAUGUGACUGUCAUAAAUUAUUGCUAAAAAUUUAAAUGUGUAUAAUUUACAGAAAUGAUAAAUAAAAAGGGACUUCAUCCCA